UUUGUGGACUUCCCGAACGGCGUCAGUUGAUUAAACAUUCACAACAUUAUCUGCCUGUUGAUUGGUCGUCAAAGCUUUUAGUAAAUUAAACUGUAAGUCGCAUAUUAAAGAUUUAAGCAACCUAAAAAGGUCUAACACAUUUUAAUAGUCGAAUUUCAGAAACUGGAUCUGACUAAGGAGGAAACAAAUAUGACCAAUGUAUCUCUUUCAGAUGACGCUACAAGAAAUGCGGAUCUUCAUUUACAUACAAUUUAUCCGCCACCAGAAACACUGGGCUUUAAAAUCCCAAAGAUAGUCUUGUAUUGUUCGAUACUCCUCAUCUGCACAACUGGAAACGCAAUGCUAAUAGCGGUAAUUCUUAGCUCAAAGCGCAUGAGGUCUCUGCCAAGUAACAUUCUCAUUUUAAAUCUGGCUUUUGUUGACUUAUUAACCUUGAUUAUGAGUAUUCCCUUUGAUGUUGUGGUGGAAGAGAACCACUACAUCUGGCCUUAUGGAGAUGCUUUGUGCAAGCUGUUGUUCCCUGCAGCUACUCUUCUUUCCACUUGUUCAUCCCUCACUUUGGCCGCCAUUUCGCUGGAUAGAUACCGGACAUUGCUUCAUCCUUUUAAAUCAAAACUCUCGGUGAUCCAAGUAAAAUGUAUCCUUGUAGCGGUGGAUUGUGUUUCUGUUUUAUUUGUUGUUCCAUACGCCGUGUUCCUUGGAUUACAGAACAAUAUUUGCAUUGAAGAAUGGCCAGGGUUUUUGUAUCGACAAAUUUACACAGUGUUUUUGGUCUCUGUGCAGUACGCGCUUCCUUUGCUGUUCAUGAUGACUAUGUACAUUCUCGCUUCUUCGAAACUUUACACUGCGACCAAGAAUGUAAGAAAAAUGUCAAUCUCCCUUGAAAAUGACAGACGCACAUCCACGUCCUUCAGAGAACGUCUCGUGCGCCGAGAAAGCUUUGCCGUGAGCCAAGAACAAAACGUGAAAGUCACAAAAAUGUUUGUAAUUAUCGUCGUUGCAUUUGCCAUCUGCACCCUUCCUAACCAAGUGCUGUGGUUAUGGAUCGAUUUUGGCAAGAACGGUGAUGUCACCUCCCUUACGAAAGAGAUUAUAAUCUGUCGGCUCUUCACUUACACUAACGGUUGCCUAAACCCUAUUAUAUUUUUCACAUUUAGACGCGAUUAUCGUCGCGGUUUGCAUAAAAUCCUACGGAGAAUGACCGGGAGAAGACCAGAGACAAACUUGGAGAGGAUACAAAGACUUUGGAGCAAAUUUGACAUUACCCCGCAGGUUAGCGGCGACCCGAAGCUUGCGCGCCAGAGGAAAAUGGGAAUUCAGGAAAGCGGUCCACUCGUUGAUCAAAAUAAUCCUAAAUUUUCUAUCGAAACAUGUAGCAAAUCAACACUACAGUCACAACUACACAAACGUGAAUCUUGCCAGGCAGAGCAAGCGCUAAAAGCCCGCCAUGGGAUUUCAACUACAAGUGCAAGAAAAGUGUCUCAAGAUGAAAGCAUAGCAACUUCGUGGGUUUAGCCCUUCAAUUCCCAGAAGCGAUUGAUAAACAACCUCUUCUCACGAAAUGUGAUCCAGGAUAAUAAUACUGAUAAUGAUGCAUUAAUAUCGCGUAUUUUCCAUAUUGAUAAUUAUGCUCUAAUACAUUCUACAACACUUUGCGGGAGACUUUGGUGGUCAGAAUACAUUGAGCAGUUUGAAAUUUUUGACGGAAAUUUUUGAUGGAAAUUUUUGCAGGUGCCCCCAAUUUAAGAAGUUUUCGAAGCAAGGCCAGACUACAAUAUCUGAAGUAACGUUAUCUACUUUCUGCGAAAAGUGCGUGGGUUCUUUAACGAGAGAGGAAUCGAAAAAAAAAAUAGUCAGAGGCUGAAUGUUAUCAGUGUUACAACACUAAACUAAAAUGGUAUCGAUGUCACGAGGCCCAUGCCCCCGGUCGAGAACGUCAUUAAUCUGGAAGAACGUCGCAUAAUUAAAUGAUAUCUGGUCUUCUUAUUCAGAACGUUAGUACGUUUUCCUGGAAAGGAAAUUACUGAUGUCUAGCUGAAGGGGGAAUCAGCGUGUUUAUGCGUCUGCACUUUUCAUUCCAUCAACGUGCCGGUAAAAUUUUAAACUGUUGAAAACCAAGUUAGGAGACGAUAUUUCGACUUGUGUGGGGUAGCCUAACGUGCGCGGUAUAGAAUGUAGAAGUUUGGGUAGUCGCAUGCGUAAGUUUGGGUAAUGACUUUAUUUCAAAUAAAAUUUGGAAUUUAUGUCGAUUAAGUUGACUGAAAGCACCACCAAAAUUCAUCACGAGCCUGAGGGGCAAGCGGUGCAAUUUGUAGUCUUUGUAAAAAUACAC